CCUGAUCACCUACUUGAGAUGGACAUGUCUAAAGAGGAACAAAAUGCAAUUUUGGCAAGACUAAAAAAAGUAGCAGAGGGCUUUCAAAAAUUGGGCAUCAAAACCAACCAGGACCAAGUACCAGUUGUUGCAGUUUUGGGCUCUGGAGGCAGUCUACGUGCCAUGAUCGGUCUCCUCGGAGUCCUUGCAGAAAUGGCUGAUCUAUGUUUUCUAGAUACAGUUACAUACCUCUGUGGUACUUCUGGAUCUACCUGGUGCAUGGCAUCACUCUAUAACUCUGCCAACUGGUCAACCUGCAUGGAAAAGAUGGAACAUACAAUAUGCCAAAGAAUCAGCAACAGCAAGUGUGACUGGAAGGACUCCUUGGAGAAGCUAAAUCGAAGAGUGAACAAGGACACUGAAUCCCUGACCUCCUUUUGGGCCUAUGUUGUGAUUCGUACAAUGACUAAAGAUAAUACUGAGAAUAAGCUGUCUGAUCACCGUGCAGCCUGUGAAACUGGAACAAACCCGUAUCCUAUUUACUCUGCAGUGCAAAAGCAAAAUGUGGAUAAAAAAAUACAACAUGAUCCGGGGACGUGGUUUGAGUUCACCCCGCACAAGGCUGGUUUUCCAGCAUACAACUCUUUUGUGGACACACAAUACCUGGGCUGUAAGUUCAAAGAGGGGAAGCUAUGCAAAAUCACCCCUGAGAGGGACCUCUGUUUUAUGCAAGGAUUGUGGGGAAGCGCCCUUGCCAGCAAGGAAGCAAUCUGGGGUAUCCUUAAAGAUCAUAUUGGUGACACGUUCGGAAAAGCAGCAUGCAACAAAGGUGUAAAUACAAGUGAUGAAUACAAAGAGCAUCAAAGCAAGUGCAAAAAAUGUAAAAGUCUGCACACUCUUCUCUCUGAGGAACAACAAAGUAUGGAUUACAAUAUGAAAGAGCAGCUACUUCUCAUCUUGAGAAAAUUCUUAGAUGAUAACAAAGAAAAAGAAUCUUCGAGUGAUUUCAGCACGGAAGAAAAAGUUGGAUCAGAUGACUGUGAAGUGUGGAAAGUGAUACUUAAUUGUUUGGUUUCUCUUGCUAAGUGGGAAUGGGGAACAACCUAUAACUUCCUUUACCUUCAAAAUGAAUCAGGUAAGGUCCCCACUGAGCUUUCCAGUCAGGAGUACAUCCAUCUAAUUGAUGCUGGACUGGAGAUAAAUUCUGCUUACCCAUUAAUGCUAGCUCCAUACCGCAAAGUAGACCUCAUUCUGUCCUUUGACUUCAGCGAAGGUGAUCCGUUUAUGACCAUAAAACAAACAGCAGAAUACUGUGAGAAGAACCAUAUCCCAUUCCCCAAGAUCCACAUUCAAAAUGGAGAAGAUGAGCAAAAGAGCCCUUCACAAAACUGUUACAUAUUUGAAGGGGAUCAAAAGGACACCCCAGUGGUCAUGCAUUUCCCACUUUUCAACAACAAGAGUUGUGGAGAUAAAGUUGAAGAAUGGAGGGAAAAGUAUUCCAGCAUGAAAAUGUCCUUCACAAAUUUAGAGGUGAACGAUCUAUUGCAUGUCUCAAGAGAAAAUGUGAAGCUGAGUAAGAAUCAGAUAUUGGAGAAGCUUAGGAAUAUGUCUAAGUAAACCCGAGGAAGUGGCCACUCACACAUUGAAAUACUGGAUUGAACAAGAAGCACAUCUCAGUUCAUCGCAAUAUUACUUUGUGUGUCACUUUUUGUUACAUUCUAGUAAAUAAAUGUAGUGAUUCCAAAACGU